CCUAUGUGGAAGAUGUUAUUGAUGAUGAUCUAAUGAACCGUGAGAGGGGGGACGGGGAGGGUUAAAGUCUUUGUCCAUUGCGUUGCCAUGCCAGUCUCACCAAACAGUUUCCGCACCCUCCGAUAACUGUUGCUGAAAAUAGAAUGUAUUAAGUAGGGUAUUAAAUUUUUAAAUUGAUUGUUUUACAAUUCAUACGGAAAGUUAUUUUGAAGUUGUAUUAAAGUGCUCAAAGAGGAUGAUUAAAAUUGAAGUAGCUUCUUGGUCCAUCUAAUAUACCCCUGGUCAGGAUUACAAAGGAUUAUUUAUGGAGAGUAGCUAGACUCUAUUUUCGAAGAGCAGGAAACAGCAGGGACUAGGAUGGACACUCAGAAAGAAGGAAAUCGCUUGAAAAAGCGGGGUAGAACCAGACGACGCGGACCGGGUAAGAAUGAAGUCAUCAGACUGGUGGAGCAUAAUGGAAUUCGGGACCUAAGAAUUCCUUGUUUAAAAAGGAAACCCAAACCAAUUGUUUUAGAUCCAAAAACAAUGCAACAAAUAGAGCAGAAUUCAAAGGUCGUUACGUUCGAGGACAAAAUUAAGAAAAUCGAGGAAAUGCGAAGAGCGAAAGAAAAAGAGGCUGAAGAAAUCGAAGCACACUCAAGGAAAUUAAGGGAAGAUUUCGAAAAAAAAUACCAGGAACAUGAAGAACUUACUGCCGAGGAGCGCGAAAGAGCUGAAUAUCUCUUACAACGGGCUGAGCAGAUACGUUUCGAGCAAGAAGAUGAAAUAAAACGAUGCAAUGCUCUAAUCCUAGCGACCAAGUGCAAUGCUAUUCGAGAUGCACAGGUUGCAGAAAAGCGAAUUAUUAAGAAAAAGUUGGAAAACUAUGAAAUCCAGAUGGAAGAAAUGAUGGAGAAGGAGAGGCAACGCGUCUUGCAAGAGUAUGAAAAGAAAAAAGAAAAUGAACUCGAAAGGAAACACGAAUUCAUUUUAGACAUUAUCCAGCAGAUCCAAGAGAAUCAGAGAGCUCUCGAUCGGGAAGCUGCCGCACUCGAAAAGGAAAUUGUCGCAAGUAAACAUCUGGCCAAAACAUUAGAGGCAGAGGCAGCUAGAGAGAAAGAAGAAAUGCUAGAAAAACAAAAGAAACGACGUCAAGAAAUGGCCGAGACCAACGAACAGCAAAGAGAGCUUGCAAGAAGGCAAAAAGAACAAAUUCGACUGGCUGACCUGAAGAUUCAAGAGUUUAUGCGACAGAAAGCAGAACGAGAGGCUAGACGAGAGGAGGAAAUCAAACAACAGCGCCUCCUCAGAGAGAAAGAACUAAUAAGGAUGCGGGCAGAACAAGAUCGAGCCAUCGACGAACAAGCACGAAGAGAUAUUAUUUUAGCGAUACGGAUACAAGAUGAGGUGGAGAGAAACUGGAGAGAACGUGAGAGGGCGGCUGUGGUGAAAGAGGCGAUUGCGCUAGAGAAGCUGAAAGAAGCCAGAGCUGCUCAAAUUCUUGACAAACGAAAAUGUCAGGCCGUAGAGGUAAUGAAACGUAAAGAAGAGAUCCAGAAGAUGAUUCAAGUCUGUCAGGAGGAACAAGAGGAGGAGAAACUUACUCAGAUGCAAAAAUUGAAGGUUAAGGAGGAGUACCGCCGAACGCUUCUGGAGCAGAUUAAGCAGAAGGAAGAGGAGAAGAAGAAAGAACGGCAACGAAUAAUCCAAUUGGGAGAGCAGUGGAAAGCAGAGCAGGAUCAACGAGACAGAAAAAUUAAGGAAAUAAUGAUGAAAAAAAUUGAUGCAGUCAGAUCGCGCGAUGUUCCCGAAAUAUAUAUUCGGGAAAUUGAAAGACAGUUACGUCUGACUUCUCCUUGAAGAUGAACAAAAUUAAAAUUCUGGAACUUCAGAUUGAAAUCAGAAAUAGGCACUUGCACAAGCUGGAAGAAGAUUAAAAGGAGCUGAAUUUUUCACUAUCGAGGAAAAUCAUUCAAUGUGGUCGCAUGAGAAGUGUGUAAUUAAAUAAAACCUCUGACAAAAAUAA